UUGAAACACACCUUUUUUGUAGUUGAUAACCAUGUGAUCCAGUUGAUCCUUCGGUUCAUUACGUUUCAAGGUGCCAUCACUUUUCGUAUACAUCGGGUAUUGAUCCCGCCAGUUAUCAAAUCCACCAUCCAUGAAGAGCGGUGAUGAUUUCGGAUGGUGUUCGUGAUUGUACUCAUACAAAGCCAUAGAGAGUAG